AUGGAUCCAGGAAAGCAUAACCUCGCCGGAAGUCAAAGCCUGAUGUCCUUCGUGGCUAGGUACAAACAAUAUGAAGACAGCCGAGAUGACAUCGAGGAGCUUCUUAAGGACCUCAUCAAGCAUAUUGAUAUUACCGAGUCGCAAUUCUUCCAAGAAAAUGGCCGUCUUCUUAAAGCUCUAUAUGAUACGCGUCGAGAUCUAGAAUGCUCACAGACGACCACAAAGGAGCUUAACAAUCGUCUGGACGAGAUGGAAAGCCACCUUGGAUACACUCCGGCCCGCAAUCCCUAUGUCAUGGUCCUAGUAGACGGUGAUAAUGUGAUCUUCAAAGAGCAGCUCAUCAACCAAGGUGCUGAAGGUGGCAAGAAAGCAGUCCAAGAGCUUUGCCAAUCUGUUCUUGAGAGGUUCGCGCCCGACAAGGAGGCCGAAACUGAGAUUUUCGUAAAGGUUGUCGCCAGUGUGCCCGGCCUUAUCAAGGCCCUGAAACGCGAUGGCUGCGUGAAGAGCGAGACAUUGCUCUCUGCAUUCAUGACUGGAUUUAACCAGGCCAAAGCAACUUGCGAUUUUGUCGACAUUGGCUAUAGCAAAGAGGGAGUAAUGGCGCAAAUCUUUGAGUGCGCACGAUUCCAUCUCCGCAACUUCGAUUGCAAGCAGGUAAUUUUAGGAUUAUCUCACGACGCUGCUUGCACCCCCACUCUACGCAAGCUUGCCCAGGAUGACGAUGUCAAACCCCGAAUCACCGUCCUCGAAGGUUGCCCCAAAGCCGUAGAAAUUGAGGAUACUGGUAUUAGCGUCAUCACCUUCGAGAAGAUUUUCCGCUCCACUAAGCUUGGCGGACAUUCUUGUAAGGAGUCAAGUUCCCUAGAUGGGUACUCAUACGCAGCCAAGGCCAAGGCAGGUGCCAGUCCACCACCGAAGAUAACACUUCCGAUCCCGCUCAAGGAAAAAGGCCCUCCAAAGAAGGAUGUCCCAAAGGCUACUUCGCCGCAAAAGGAGCUUCAGGGACUGCCUGCUCCCGAGGAGAAAGCUACGCCUAAGUGGACCCUUGCUCCCCGUGGGUUAGAUCCCCCGAUCCACCCGGAACCGGCAGCUCUUGAGCGCGUGCGAAUUCGACACACCGAGACCAAAUUAUGCAACAACCACUACCUGCGCGGUCCAUGCGAGACACCUCGCUGCCCCUUCGAGCAUGGCUACAAGCCGACAAAAUCCGAAAAGGAGGUCAUCCUUUAUUUCUGUCGACUGAAGCCUUGCGUCCGCGGCCAACUUUGCGAGGAGGAGGAUUGCCCAUAUGGACACAACUGCCCAGCCGUUGUUAAGGGAACGUGCAUUUCACGAGUGUGCAGGUUCAGACAGGGAGACCACCCGCCCGGAACCAAGUUCAGUGGCCCCAUGCGAAAAUAA